AUGCUGAUGAAAUGGGAUUGUGUUAACUGCCAGGACAUUUUCUGGUGUGGAAACAUCGACUCCACCUCCUGCCUCAUCCCUAAGCUCUCACACAGUAAUGCGCCCUUGAACAGUCCGAGUAAACCCACACCGAGAACGCUGACGCAACGACAACACUCGGCUCAUGGUUUUACGCCACGCGAACUGGCCCCUUUCGAUCUCUCCCUGCCGCAGGACAUGUUCACGCACAAUUACGACUCUGGGCACCUGAUUGGCGUUUUCUUCAAACGAAAACCUGACAGUUUGGUGGCAUUUCAUCGCUAUCGACAGCAGCAGUUUUCCUCACUGGAGGAAGAUUCCGACUCGGCUUUUAUCGAUACGUCCACCGCCGAUCGGAAUCAAUGCAUCCCUCACACGGUCUGGAUCCUCCGCUUUGCCUCAAAGGUGGAAGCCUCAUCCUGGCUCGACCUGGUCUCGCUGAAGAGCUCUAAAGUCAUCACGGAGGGGCCCUGCUGCAAUGGACGUGGUGUGGCCUGGCUGGUGUCUGAAUUGCGAGAGAUUUUUUGCGCAUGUCUACCUGCGCAUACUCCAUCCUUUACCACUGACUCUGAUCUCCGGUGGUCGAAGGUCGCUGGCCAUUUGGCUCUCAUCGAGUCUGUGCACACACCAGUGGGCCAAAUCACCUGGGGUCUUGGUCAUGACGGAACUCCCUGGGCCUUCAGGCCCGACUGGGCUGUCGACAAGUCCGCAUUCUCCUCCCGAAAAUUUGAAUUCGACCUUCAGCACUUUCAAACUGACUGUCGGCAGGUGGAAAUCUAUGAGUAUCAGGCCUGGCGUAUGCUCAAGGGGUUCAGUUCCAGUCGACCGAUUGGAGAUUGCCAGGCUAUGUGGUCCAGAGACGGCCGUCGGCUGCAGGCCUGUGAUCUCACUGAAGUUCAGCUGCCUUCUGCGUUUUGCCACUGGCAAACCCCCUGGAGGGUUGACUGCAGUUGUCAUAGCGAACACGCUGUGUCUACCCUCCUGCCGCUGCCCAGUAAUUCUCGUGACCUCGAACGUUCCGCGCCCAUCCGACUGGAUGGAGGAUCACUCCCCUCCUUUUCCUCCUCAUCAUCCUCACCUGUACUUGAGCAUGUUGAUAGCUUGAAUUCGGGCUCAGAUCCCACUUUGCAUCUUCCAACCACUAUUCUGAAACCAAAGGGAACUAUACCGAUUCCAGCCGAGUGUCCGGGUGUGGAAUGCAGCUGUGACAUAAGCUCUACGGCUUGCGACGAAGAGGGUUGGCAAUAUGCUUCACGCCUGACUUCCCGGUACGUUUUUUCCGCCUGA